UGAGCAACUUCCGUCCCGGCCGGGGCCAGCGCCGCAGCGAGACCUGACCCGCCGGCUGCGCCCGCCCGGGCUCGGGUUGGAUUUUCACUUUCCCCAAGGCAGGAGGAAGAUUUUUUUUUUUUUUUUUCCCAGCUCCAUCUCGGGCAGUGCCAGGCGGAAGGAAACUGGGCCAGCCCUGAGCGCUGGCAGCAGGGAGGGAUUUGGGCACCACCAGCCUGGCCGGGACGUGCCCUCCCUGCCUUCCAGCUCUGCUUGGAGAGUUUCACUUAGUGUGUCCCUGCUGUGUUGUCCCAGUGGCUGGCAUUGCCAGGUGCCAGCUCCAGCUCCCUUUGCAAGUGAAAGAAAGCUCCUACUCCAGCCAGCCAGUAACUGCAGCUGGGCUGGAGGUGCUGAGCACAGGGGCACGGUGGGUGAGGAGACGGGGAGCAGCUGAGGUUGCAGAAGAGUGUUUUGUAGUGUCAUGGAACGGCACUGGGCAGAGGAGGAGGAAAGAAGAGGAAAGUGGCUGUGUUGUUUUGGGAGCAAAUGGUGAGGUCGUGUCAGGGAGAGGGCAGUGGCAGAGAUGGGGAACCAGAGAAGCAACAAAGCAGGUGGGUUGGCGGGGUUGGGGUGAGCUGAGCUUGGCCGGGAGAUGCUGGAGCCAAGAGGGGGAAGGAAAUGAACCUGGGAUGAGGACACCACCUUGUCCUGACCUGCAUUGAUGAGUAAACGUGGCUGAGUCAUAUAACAACUGAGCAAGUGACCCCUCCGACAUUAUCCCCAUCGUGUGUCCUGAGCUCUGCAGUUGUCUCUGUGUGCUGGGCCGUUAUUUCCGUGGCCUCCGGGAGCCCUUUGUCAGGCAGUCCCUUUGUUUUGUCCCAGGGGCUAUGACAGAUCCUGAGGGCUGGUCCCUCACAACCCCUGGCGCUGGGAGUAGGGCUGGAGCAGAGGAGAAGGGCUGGUCGAGGCAUCUCAGGGGAGAUGAAACGAAGGGGCUGCGCUGGGGGGGCUGGAGGCAGCAGCUCCGCCGUGUUCCUGGGGGUGGCAGGGAGCAGCCCUUGCCCCUGAGCCUGCUUUGCUGUCCUGCAGAUGGCUGAUGGGGAAGAGGACCCCGCCGUGUUCAGCUGCCGGUCCCUGCCCGCCGACCCGCGGCUGAUGGCCACGGUCACCAACGCCUACCUGGGCACGCGGGUCUUCCGGGACAUCCUGCACGUUGGUGGCGUGUACAGCGGGGCCGGGGGGGACACACAUCGUGCCGACAUCCCCAGCCCUGCCAACGUCAGGGUGACAGUGCCUGGUGUGGACAGCCUGGCCCAGACCUUCAGCCUCAACACCCGCACGGGAACCUUCAGCCACGUGCUUCAGUCCACUGAUUUCACAGCCACCCAUCAGAUCUACGCUCACCAGUCCCUUGUCCACCUGCUGGUCUCCAGCAUCACCAUCCAGCGAUCAGCUCCCACCACCCAGCCCAUCACGGUGCAGCUCCAGACGCCUUUCGUGCCAAAGAGCCAGGACCUGGACCUGAAGCAAGGGCCGGAUUUCCAGGGAGCACACUACAUCUACGGGAGGACGCUGGUUCCCGAGGUGGAGGGAGGGCCCCGUCCCACCAUCCACAUGCUCUGGAGGCCGGUGCCACCAGCCCUGACGCUGCGCGGGGAGGAGCGGGAGCGAUGCUGGGAGUUCCUGACGGCCGUGGCCGAGAGCCGGGAGGAGGUGCAGAGGAGCUACAGCGAGGGGGUGGCCCUGGGGGCCACGGGCUCCCUGCGGGCUGCCCACCUGCGGGGCUGGGCUGAGCUGUGGCGAGGCUGCUGCGUGGAGCUGGACGGGCCCCUGCCCUUGAGGCAGGCUCUGCACGGGUGCCUGUACUACCUGCUGAGCACCGUCCCACCCCGGGACAGCCCCGGGUUCCUCUUCCAGGGCAUCAGCCCUGGGGGCCUGUCCAAUGGCACUCGGGGUGAGGACUACUGGGGGCACGUCUUCUGGGACCAGGACACCUGGAUGUUCCCAAACAUCCUGCUGUUCUACCCCGAGGCUGCCCGAGCCAUCCUGGAGUACCGGCUCCGCACGCUGGACGGGGCGCUGUGCAACGCGCGGGAGCAAGGCUACCAGGGUGCAAAGUUCCCGUGGGAGAGUGCGGCCACUGGCCGGGAGGUCUGCCCCGAGGAGAUCUAUGGAGCCCAAGAAAUCCAUGUCACCGGGGAUGUCCUGAUGGCCUUUGAGCAGUAUUACUGCACCACGCAGGACCAGAAGCUGUUCAGGGAGGAUGGAGGCUGGCAGCUGGUGGGUGCUGUGGCUCAGUACUGGUGCAGCAGGAUGGAGUGGAGCGAGGAGGAGCAGUGCUACCACAUCAAAGGUGUCAUGCCCCCAGACGAGUAUCACUGCCGGGUUGACAACUCUGUCUACACCAACGCCGUGGCCCGGCGCAGCUUGGACUUUGCAGCUGAUGUGGCUCGGGACUUCUUGGUCCCCGUGCCAGAGCAGUGGCUGGACUGUGCCAAGAGAGUCAAAGUGCCCUUUGAUGCAGAGAAGAAAUAUCAUCCUGAGUACGAUGGCUACAGCCCAGGUGAACCUGUCAAACAAGCUGAUGUUGUCCUGCUUGGGUUCCCCCUGAUGCACCCCAUGAGCCCUGAAGUCCGAAGGAAUGACCUGGAGGUCUAUGAACCCGUCACUGAGCGGGACGGGCCAGCCAUGACCUGGAGCAUGUUUGCAGUGGGCUGGCUGGAGCUGAAGGAGGUGCAGAGAGCCCAGAGCCAACUGAACAAGUGUUUCAGCAACAUCACGGAACCCUUCAAGAUCUGGGUGGAGAAUUCAGAUGGGUCAGGAGCUGUGAACUUCUUGACAGGAAUGGGUGGAUUCUUGCAAGCCGUCCUGUUUGGCUACACAGGGUUCAGGAUCACCAGGCCCAGCCUCCGCUUCGACCCCGCGCUUCCCGAGGACGUCAACAAGUUGGAAGUCACUGGUGUCUCCUACCUCAGCAACAAACUGAAGUUCACCAUCACCAAAGGAGAAAUCAGGGUCCAAGUGACCGAGGCUCCCCAGCACCCUCUGGCAUCUCCCCUGGAAGUGGUGCUGGAGGGCUCGGGGCAGCACUUUCCCCUGCGGGAAGGGCAGAUUGUCUCCUUCCCCACAGCAGCUGGCUGGAUCCAGAGGUCAUCCACCCACGCUUCGAACCUGGGCUGAGCUGGGAUGUACCCACCACAGCAGCAGGAAUGAGCUGAAGGGGCUUGUUCCUGCUUUCCCAGCUGCAUCCAUGGGACUGCCCUGGCUGAUCCAGCUGUGCUCAGCCCAGUCCCUGCCGGCGCUGGCUCCCCGAUCCACCAGCAUCUCCUGCUUUGGUCCUUGUCUUCUCCUGGCCAUCCCUGUCCCUCCUGAGGCUCCAAGGACUUUGGGAACUUCAAGGGCUGUGGAGGAUCAGCCACCACUGCUUGGCCACCUCGCUCCCACCUGCCAGUGCACAAAAAGAGGAGGAUCCCCCACCCCUGGGGUGUCAACACCCUGAGCAGCUGGGACCCCCCCGAGUCCAGCUGCUCCCCAGAAUGAGAAGCUCUGUCGAGGCAAAGCCCAGCACGGUGGCAUGGAUGGAGGUCAGGCUGGAGCUGAGCAUUAUUCUUGCACUAAUAGUCCCAAAAAACACAGCCAAAAGCAUUUUAGCCCUGUGCGGGCAGCACACAGCCCCUGUUCUUUUGUGUUACUCAGUGUAUGACAUCCCUAUCAUGUUUUUAACCUCUUAUUGACAUUAUAAUCUCUCUUUUCAAGCA